GCUCUUUAGCAAAUUUGUACAUAGUUUUAAAUAAAAGUUUCAAUGCCUCAAUAAAAGCUAUCAAUUGCAUUUUAUACAUUUUAGUGCGUGUGAAAAGUGUAAACAACAGAUAGUGUUUCUUUUGUGAUAAAAUAUUGCCCUACGUGUGUCAUUUUGUAAACAUUAUUACUUUUCGAUUUACCUUCACAAACUAUUUAUGGAUGUGGUUUCAGAAGUUUAAAUGAAUUGAUAUUGUAUCAUCGUGUUGGAUUGCAUUUGAUGAAAUUUCAUACCCCACCUAAGCUACGAAAUAUUUGACAAAAUGAAAGAAUAGUCGUCCAACACAACAAAAAAUAACGCAAACAAAAUUUAGUCUUCCGAAGUUUUAACAAUAAGAAAUUUAUUGUUUUAUACUUGCAAUAUCCUAAAAUUUCUUCAAAAUUUUGGAAAAUGUCAAUAUAAUGAUAUGUGGUGAUAUAAUUUACAUGAAAUAAUGUAAAUAAGUAUAUGUAGGAGACAUUUUGAGGAAAUGCUGGGAUAUCUUUUAUGACUGAUAACGUUAAUUUAUUUUAAGAACGAAUUCUAUUGGGCAUUAAAUUGUUAGAAAUGGCUGGAAGAACUCCAAGAUUGAAAAUAAUUAUAGAAACAUUGACUGGCACACUUUUUGAGCUUCUUGUGUCGCAACAGGAUACAGUCCUUUCAAUUAAAUGGAGAAUAUACAGAAUAGAAGGUAUCCCAGUCUCUCAACAACACUUGUUGUAUAGAUUGCAAGAGCUUGAUGAUUCGACAACAUUGUCCACGGCCAAAAUAACUGAAGGUUGUACAUUAAAAUUAGUAGUUUCUAUGAGAGGUGGUCCAAUCGCUACAAGAAGAACGUUGAAGAGUCCCAAAACUGAUGAGUCUUGGAUAGACUGUAAAGAUUUGUUUGACAGCGAUGAAAUUAGAAAAAGUGGAAAAUAUCGUUUAGAAUUACAUCAUGAUGGUUCAAGUAUGAGCAUAUUUCGUAUUGCUAGGUCAUAUGACACGGACUCUUCAAAUCCAAGUGAUGAUUCACCAGAGGGUGCCUAUGACAAUGAUUGGGGUUUGGAUAAAAUGCAAGAAAAUAUUUGCACUUUCACUAAGAUGAGAGAUUUGCGUAAGAAAAUGGAAGCAUUGCAAUUAAAAAGAAACAAAAAUAGUACUGUUGAAAAAUCAUCCACAACUGUUAAAUUAAAGCGACAUAAGUUACCAUAUGGUUCCAAAACAAGUACUGAAAUUAUUAGUGAGGAAUUGGAACUCCUAGGCCUUGUUUCUAAAGGUGGAAGUAAGCCUAUCAGAAGAGUUCGGAAUAGUGUAGCACAAGCUACUUACAUUAUAGGUGUUAGUUCAAACAAGUCCUCAGAUAUGCCUUCAGCAAGAAGACUUCGUGAAGAUUCUGAUUCCUCUGAUGAAAGUCGUGUAACUCAGAUCAGUCGAAGACAUAAAGCUGAAAGAGUACCAACACCGGAGGGUCUUGUUACAGGUGCCGGUCCUGUUUGCUACCAAAAUGAGGGCGAACUUAGUUUAGAAUUAACAUUGUCAGAUGAUCAUGAAGAGCCUUUGAAACUACUUCCAACUCCAUGCCCUGUGCCUUCAACAUCAACAGGAGAUAGCAGUCGUUAUCGCCUGUCCUGUUUAUUGUAUCCUCCAGGAGAUUCUCCUAGACCUCAAGUAACUCCUGAAGACCUGUCAGCGAGGGAUGAUACUUUAGACACUUUUAGUAUGCAAUUGGAAAGCCCUAAGUUGCACAUGGAAGCUCCUGUGUCAACUAAAAUCAACUUAUCAGACUCCAUAGAAUGUUUGGAAAUAGGGAAUCACAAAGGAUACCCUAAUCUUAAAAGCAUUUCGCAAUAUAUUCAACAAAAUUCUAAUUCAAGCUGUGAAUUAAGAUCAAAUAUCCAGGCAUCUUCACAUGCAAGGUAUGAGCCCCCGCCACUUCAGAGAUCAAAUAGAACUUAUUUCCAAAGCAAUCCAGCACUGCAUCAAUUGAACAAUAACAUUCAUAACACACAAUGUUCAUCCACAUCUAACCUUGAUAAAACAAAGGAUGUUUAUUUUAAUGAUGAUUUUCAACAUUCUUGUAGUACAUCAAAUUUAGAAAAGUUGAACUCCAAGAAAUUUGAAACACCACAGUUGACGCGACAUAGCAAUACUGAAUAUUUGGACUAUACUGGUAGUUAUGAAAACUUGGAUAGAGUUCGCAUACCAAAACGAAAAGUGAAUAUGUCUAAGAACAGGGGACUUAAUAGAUCUAGUGAGUGUUUGUCAAAGAUUAAUGAACAUUCUCACAUGCACUCGCCAUUAAAUUCUCAAAGCAGAUUUAGUAGAAGAAAUGUGCAUACUGAUCGAGUUAGAAGUUUUGAAGGUCUAAAUUGCCUAUCUUGUGAGGCUCAGCCUUUGCUGAAUAAAGAUGAACAUAAAAUUAUAAAAAUGCCAAAUACUUCAAUAUUUAGAGAAGAAAUCGCACAUCAAAAACAGUGUUGUUUAAAACAUACCAAAAAUAAAACUAUGGUACCUACUCCCCUGCCAAUAAUUCAUUCUACACCACAGUCUAAAUCUUUACCAAAAUUGUCUUGGACUCCCGGCGGUUCUUUAAAAAGAACACAAAAUAGUACACUUGUAAUUUUUCAAGCGCCAACCUUAAAAAAUACUGAAUCUAACUCUUCAAAUCAUUCUGUAAAUCCAUCAAAAAGCAAAGAGAGAACCUCAGAGAAAUCACAACCUGAAGAUUCUGCAGAGACGCCAGCAGGAGAACCUGUUGCAAAGAAAAAACGAAUGAGAUGCAAGGUUUGUGGUAAACGGCUCACAAUAACAACAGCCAUGGUAUGCAGAUGCGGUGGGACAUUUUGUGCACAACACCGCUAUGCAGAGACGCAUAGUUGUACCUAUGACUAUAAAGAAGAAGGUCGCAAACAAAUUGAGCAAGAUAAUCCAGUUGUAACUGCACCUAAGCUUCCUAAAAUAUAACGUAUCAUUAAUUAUAUGUUAUAUUUUGAUGUUUUUUCUUUGUGAUAACAACUGGGCCAUAGAAAAAUAAAUUAUAUAUCUAGUUCGCACAAACAACCAAAACUAAUGAUGAAAAAUGUAUUAACUAAAUUUCU